AUUCCGGUUCGAUACCUCUGGGUUUUAUAAACAUAAACCAUUUAUAAACCCUACACUGAAACUCCUUCCUGAGACACUCCAACGAUGAAAAAGCAACGGCAACAUUCAACCGAAGAAUCAAUGGAAGAAUCCACCGACGCUACUACCUCAUUCACCGGUGAAUCUGAUAUAUGCCAACAGCUCCUAGACCGUUACGGCAAAUCCGCCGCAUCUCAACACCGCCACCUCUGCGCAACUGCUGCUGCUACCCGCUCUAUCAUACAAUCCGAAUCUCUGCCCCUCACUCCCAUCUCUUACUUCGCUGCCACCAUUGAUGCCCUCUCCGAUACCUCUAAAACAACCCAUGACGCUGAUGCAGUCUCCGCGCUGUCGUCGUUUUUGGCAAUUGUGCUGCCUCUGGUUCCCGAGAAGUCUAUAGCGACGUCCAAGGCGGCAGAGGCUGCGAAGAUUGUGGUUGAGCUGGUGGAUAAUCCUUGUGAGGGUUUGUCAGUUUCGAGUGUGAGGGCCUUGGUCAAGUGUUUGGGGGUGUUGCUAGAUUUUUGUGAUUUGGACGAUUGGAAGUCUGUUCAACUAGGUUUCAAGACACUUAUGAAGUAUUCCAUAGAUAAACGUCCAAAGGUCAGAAAAUGUGCUCAAGAUUGUGUAGUGAAGGUCUUCAAGUCUUUCCAGUCUUCUCUUGUCAAGAAAAGUGCAAGCAAACUGUUUUUAAAAUCCUUCAAAACUUAUAUGUCGUUGGCAGUUGAAGCAGUUUCUUCAAGAUCAACAGACGGGUCUAAAGAUGAUAAAUUUUCAAAAUGUGAACAGUUAGAGGCUCUUCACAUGUUAAAUCUGUUGAAAUUUCUGGAGAUACUUCGAUUAUUGGAAGAUGAAUCUACAAUUCCUGACACCUUAGAAAUAGUAACAACACUUGCUUCAUAUAUAUCUACAAAACAGAACCCAGUAGACACUCUUUUUUCAGCAGCAGCUCUACUUGAGAAUUUUCUUACCAAAUUUCAAGUUGGAGAUGCAAACAAAUGGAAUAGCCAUUACUCCUUAGUCAUUGGUUCUAUAGCAGGUCUUCUGACAUCUGAGGCUACAGCUACAAAAGCUUCAAAUAUUCUAAAAGAAAUGAUAAACCGUCAUAUUGAUGUAGAUAUCCUCACAGAUGAAAAUAAUGUUGAAUCCAAGGAAUCAAGAAUAGUUAAAUCCUUAUGUGAUGCACUUCUAAAAAUUCUGAGUACCCAUAAAGGAACUCCAAAUGAGCAUACUUUGGCUGUCAUUUCUGUUUUAUUUCUCAAACUUGGGAAGAUUUCUCAUAUUUACAUGGAGAAAAUACUUCUAAAGCUUGCCAGUUUUAUGACACUUGCAUCCGGAAAUACUUCUGAUGUAAAGCAUCUUCAGCAUUGCAUCGGGUCUGCUGUAGUGGCUAUAGGACCAGAUAAAGUACUUGCAGUGUUACCUAUCUCCCUUGAUGCCAGUGAUCUCACAUGUUCAAAUACUUGGUUGAUACCAAUUUUGAAGGAGUAUGUUAAUGGAUCAUCUUUGGGGUUCUUUAUUGAAAGUAUAGUGCCUAUAGCUGAAUCUUUCCAAGAAGCAUGCCAAAAAGUUAAAAAGUCAGCAAUUAGAGAACAAUUGCAGUCCAACGCACGUGGCUGUUGGGGUCUAUUGCCUUCCUUCUGCUGCUAUCCAAAUGACAUGUAUAAAAAAUUUGGAUCCUUGGCUAAACUUCUGAUUCCACACAUCAAAAAGGAUGCGAUUAUGCUUGAGUAUAUUGCCAUUGCAUUGCAGCAUCUUGUGAAGCAGAAUAGGAGCUUUCUUGGUGAUGAUCAGGGUGAUGAUGAAGCUUCUAAGCUUCCAAAGAUUAGUUACUCUAAAAAAACUGCAACCAAAAACAUCAAAGCUUUGUCAUUAUGGUCAGAGGGGUUAUUGAAGGCUUUUACAAAAGUUCUUUUUAGAGUGCCAUUCGAGAAGCGUGCUUUUGUAAAGGACACCAUUAAAUGCUUGGCAUCUAUAACUGAAUCUUCAACAACAAAAGCAGUUUUUGUUUCAUCACUUAAAAGAAUAGAGGUGGAUGUUUCUGGAGAUGAUGCAAAAGAUGAUAAAUCCUCUUCAAAGAAAAAUGGAAAUAGGUGUCUGAUACUUGAGCUAGCAUCAUCUGUUGUUGGGACAGCUAGCAUGGAUCUCAUUGAUCUCAUAUAUAGCUUUAUCAAGGAGAGUUUGAAGGAAGAGGAUGACCACAUCCAGAGGGAAGCAUAUGCCACCCUUUACAAAAUUUUGGAGGAAUCUUCAGAGUUCCGUUCUUCAAAGUUUGAGGAACUUAUGGAUUUGUUACUUGGUUUGAAGUCCCCUGUUGAUAUUACUUCACUUAGAUGGCGAUUUUCAUGCUUCAAGAACUUGUUAAUUCAUUCAAUCGAGAUAGCUUCUGAUGGAGAGAACACUUAUGGUUUUCGUAUGCUGAAUGAAAUUAUAGUCACACUAAAAGAUUCCAAGGAAGAAAGUAGAAAAGUGGCAUAUGACAUCCUUAUAGGAAUGAGCUGUACCUUGCAAAAAACACCAUCUUCACUCCAAAAAGAAAAUGGACCUUAUUACGAAUUUGUCACCAUGAUAAUGGGGUAUCUCUCGGGGUCUUCUCCUCACAUAAAAAGUGAAUUGCUGCAUAGUAAAGCCAUUGAAGUUAUAAAAGCUGUUUUAGGUUUCCUCAAGGUGUUGGUUUUGAGUCUUGAAGGGAAAGACUUGGCGAGUCUUUUGUCUGAUAUCCUGAGUGGUCUUCUGCCAUGGUCAUCUGUUUCUCGCCAUCAUUUCAAAUCUAAAGUGACAGUGAUCCUAGAGAUUAUGAUGAGAAAAUGUGGUUCUGCAUCGGUCAAAUCUCUUGUACCUGAGAAAUACAGAGAUUUCGUUAAGGAUGUUCUGGAGAAUCGUGAAGGAAAGAAAAACUCACAGGUAGGUGCGACAACCAAAACGGAUCAUGAAUCAUCUGAUACAACUCCGAACAGUGGGGAAAAGAGGAAGCCUAAUGAAGAAUAUUCAAGAGAAAGUGGAAAGAGGAAGAGGGAGGAUAAACACAGCAGCUCAUCAUAUGGGGCUCGUAAGUUUUCACGUGGAGGAAAAGAUGUUGAUAGUAGUAAGAAACAUUUUGGUCAAGCAAAAUCUAUGGAUCGAAAGUCACAAGGCACCAAAAGGAAAACCACAACUUCAUUUAAAAAUGGUACUUCAUCUUCAUCAGGUGCAAAGAAACAGAAACAGUGGGCAAGAAAAGGAAACAAGAAAAAUGCACCUGUCACCUGAACAACAAGAAGAAAACAGUUGGAAAGUUUAAAAGCCUGAAAUUUAUAUAUAUAUAUAUAUUUUGGGUUGAUUAU